GGAUACUGUGAAGAGAUGGGAGCCUUCAUGACCACGGGUUGUUGACUUGAAGGAGUUAAGCUGGACUUGAAAAAAAGAAACAACAAUCACCCCGCGAGUAUCUGUAUAUCUCAGACAAUCAAAACCAAGACCUCGUCGCUUGCUAUGUUCCGACUAGACAAAUCAUGAUCGAGGCACUGGGACACGGGAAGAACUAUAUACAUCGCUGUGAUGUACAUAUGAACAAGGUGUGCCAGACCAAGACUAAACGCACUGCACCGUUUAUCCUCUGCACAUGCGUCUUUGAGUCUGACGUGUACAUCCGGUUUGUUGGUGGCCGUGAUUCGCAUGUGUCAAGAGAGGCUUGGAAGAAACAAAAGAUGAGGGCCAAAGCGGGCACAAAACUCUGCGAGAGGGUGUCUAGUCGCAAGCUGUCUCGUGGCACCGUCAUGCAAUGUCGGACGCUAACAAAGCGACAGACGGAGGUAUCAGUAUGACGGUCAAUACGAUCUCCACCAUCAUGAUCAGUGAAAGUCACCCGAUUUUCCCGACGACGAAGAUCCUCACGGUUGUCUUGGGUUGACAGGACGUAGUAAUGUAUUAGAGUUCUGUCAUUCCGCCAUUUAACAAGCAAGGUAUCCAUGGUUGCGCGGAGAUUGUAGAUGCGGAGUCGAAAGAAUGUAAGAACCUGAGAAGCUGAAUCAUGAAACGAAACCCGUAGGCCAUGUUCAAGGUCCAAGAGCUCGAUAAGCACAUGAUCAAGGAUUCAAGGUUCUUGACAAUGAUAUUAGGGCAAGUCGGUGAACAGCUUCAGGUGAAAUGGACAAAGCGGAAAGAUAAUAUGCUGAUUGUGGCGAUUGAAGAAUUGACGACAACUUUGUUUGUCAUGCGGUCA